AUGCACCAGGGCGCUCUAGACGUUGGCGGGCCCCUCUGGGGCUGGGAUGGUGAUGGAGAUGAAGACUGGGAUGGAGCUGUCCUCACCUUGCUGGCACUAGCAAUGGUAGCCACCAUAGCACUGGCUUUGCAAUGGUUUGGCUCCAGGCAGGACCAGGAGGCACAAGGAUCAGAGACUACAGCUCCAGGUGUGCAACCCUCUCAGGCCGGAGGAGUCAGGCAGGCCCUGCACCCAAAGUCCAAGGACAGUGAUGCCAGUGAGGGCCAGAGCAAAGGACAGGAGAAAUCAGAGGCUCCUGGAGAUGGCCAGAGAAGACCUGCUUCAGCCUGGGCCCAGGACCUAGAGCCAUCAACAGACAGAAGUAUGUCCUCUGAUGCCCAGCUUCCACUCAAGACACCUGGAGAGGUGGCCAGCAAAGGGACUACCCCAGAAUCUCUGGGAAAGAAAAGAAAGGAGCCACCCAGGCCAGAAACUUCCUCCCCAGGCCACCACAAAGCAAGGGAUAUUCCUGUCCCCAUCAUGAUCCACUUUACCCCUCGAAGUCCUGACUUCAGAACAGAGAUGCAGGUAGAGGCAGCUGGCACUUGUGGUAAGGGGACAGCUCGGCAGGGCCCUGCCCAUUCGGACCGACAGGACACCAGCCCCUGGCAUCUGGCUGUGGGGCCUCCUGGCCCUCUGGGGAGAGGCCUCAGCAGUGUUCGGCGGCGAAGGCGGCCUGGUGCCAGCUCAGGAGACAGACCCUACCGACUAAAGCUGGAUCCCCUCCGCCUGGGCACCGUGGUGAGUGUGUGGGAUGCUGUGGACAUGGCAGCUGCGGCCACCCAGGACACCCUCACCAGCAACUCCCUUGCAGGUCUCUCAUUGCUCCACUCAGACACGGGGCUCAAGGGUCCUCAGGAGAAGGCCCUAGCAGAUGCUGUGGAUAGUCAGCCUCAGGUGGACUCCUUCAAGGACGCGUGUGGGAGGAGCAGCCUGCAGCUCACCCCCGCUAGCACUGCAGGCUCAGGGGCUAAGGGGAGUGACAGCAGGGAGAUUGAAUCUCCUGCCUCUAGGGAGACUCAGGGGACCCUGGCUAGUAAGGAAAACUGGCCCCGGGAGAGUGGGUCAGCUGUUGUCACCAGCAACUUCAGCCUUUCCCAAGGUACCUUGCCAGAAGAGCUGCACUCUGGGGCUUGUGCAGUGGACCAAGCUGCUGGCCAGAGCAAGAUGGAGAAACUAGGAGAUGGCCAUCUCAUUGUCAAAGGGCGAGGGUCGUGUCUUGGUGGGGAAAGUGAGCGCAUGGCUGGCAGUCCAGCUGCGGACCAGUGCCUUGUGAAGUCCACUGGUGGCUUCGGCUGCACCCCUUCCCACAGCCUUCCAGCCUCUCCUCUGACCGGGGACACUGAGCUGCUGCCAUCCUCUCCCGCGGCAGUGCGUUCCAUCCCUGGGCUCCUACAGGCAGCCUCUCCCUCUCCCCCUUUAAACAAUUCGCCCCUGGGAGUCACCCAGGGUCCUCCUGGUGGUGACAGUCUCAGAGGAGGGCCAUCCCCCUCUCCUACCCCAACUUUAGCUUCCGCAGGAGCCUCAACUUCAGCUCCAGCAGCAACCCCAGCACCACCUUCAAUAUCACCGCCAACCUCAGCCUCAGCUUCAUCCUUAACCCCAGCCCCAGUGACAGCCCUAACCCUGAUGUCAACAGCAGCGCCGUCUCCAACAUUACCUCCACCCUCAACUCCAGUUACAGCCUUAACCCUAACCUCAACAGCAACUCCACCAACCCUAACAUCACCCCCAACUCCAGCCUCUGUCCUAGUUGCAGCCCAGGCUCCUGCAGUUGACAGUGAGCCAAGGCCUAUGUCUAGGGAGUCUAGCGUAGGACUCUCCAAGAGCUUCCCAGAAGGACGGCUCUCAUCUAGCUGGGCCAACCUCAUUACCAUGGUUCUUAGAAGCCAUCCCUUCCCUAGGCAAGAAAAGGACCAAGGCAGUGCCCCACAGGCAGACCCCAAGAGUCCUACAGAGCCCAGCAUAUCCACAUACUCUGGAGAUAGACAGCCAGGGCUCCCCUCUGAAGGGGCCACCUCCAGCCUCCAGGAUAAACACAGACCAUCGUCAGUGUUAGUCACACCAGUAGGUUCAGGGGGCUUAGCUGAGGCUAGAUGUGAAACACAGCCACUGAGCUUGGAGACUAAUGAGUCUUUUGCCCCAGACCCUAGAGGGGAUGGGACCAAGCAGACAGGCCUUGACUUGCUGCCUCCAGCUGCAGAGCCUGUGGCUGCCUCACAGUCCCCCGUGCUGGCACAGCCUGGUCCUGUACCAUCUACUGCUCUGAGGCAGGACGUGCAGCCUGCCCCUCAGCCUCGGCCACGGAGGAAACGCAGCAUAGCUCAGGGCUCGGAACAGAUGCUUGCCCAGGAGGUACCCCAGCAGCCCCAGGGGCGGCCACUAAAGGAGGGAGCCAGACCCGCAGGCAGCAGGGAGGCCCUCACCGAGAGGCAGAGAGAGGCGCAAAGGCUUAUGUUUUUUCUGCAGAAGCCUGGGAGCUGGGGAGUGGUGGAGGGGCCUCAGAAACACUGUACACAGGCCUCACAGCCCGCCACAACAGUGGCCCCAUGGCCCCCAAAGCUAGAUCUAGGCAGCUGCUUGGAGGUUUUGGCCUUUGCCCAGAAGCAUGGAGAGCUGGCCUUAGCCCAGGAGACCUAUGUCUUGAUGAGCAACAACUUGCUCCAUGUUCUGGGAGACCCACACCUCUACCGACAGCUGAGUGGAGCCGACAGGGAGCGCAUCCUGAACCUGCGGACCUGCCAGGGUCAGACGGUGCUGGGGGUCCUCGUGCUGCCCAGCCUUUACCAGAUGAGCCGCUCAGGGCUCGCGAGGGGCCCUCAAGGUGAGGAGGCUCCUGCAACCAGGUCUGAUCCACUGCAUCUUGACACACACCUCCACGUGUUCAGCCCACAGGAGAAUGUGUGGCGGCCACUGACUCAGGUACCGGAGGAGGUCCCCCUCCGGGGCUGUGGCCUCUGCACUAUGCAUAACUAUCUGUUUCUGGCAGGCGGCAUCAGGGGUUCUGGUGCCAAGGCUGUCUGCUCCAACAAGGUGUUCUGCUACAACCCUCUGACCAACAUUUGGAGCCAGGUUCGGCCCAUGCACCAAGCCCGGGCCCAGCUCAAGCUGGUGGCUCUGGAUGGAAUGCUUUACGCCAUUGGUGGUGAGUGCCUAUACAGCAUGGAGCGCUAUGACCCACGCACAGAUACCUGGACCUUGAGAGCAUCCCUCCCCGAGGGCACCUUCCCUGUGGCCCAUGAGGCUGUGGUCUGCCGAGGAGAUAUCUAUGUCACGGGGGGUCAUCUCUUCUACCGCCUGCUCAGAUACAGCCCCGUGAAGGACUCAUGGGAUGAGUGUCCCUAUAGCGCCAGCCACCGACGCUCCAGUGACAUGGUGGCACUAGGGGGCUUCCUCUAUCGCUUUGACUUGCUGCGGGGCGUAGGCGCUGCAGUGAUGCGCUACAACACAGUGACGGGCUCCUGGAGCCGAGCCGCCUCCCUGCCUCUGCCUGACCCUGCCCCCCUCCACUGCACAGUGCUGGGCAACACCAUUUACUGCCUCAACCACCAGGUCACGGCUACCUUCACAGUUUCCGAGGGGACCGCCCUGUUUCAGGCCAAGGAGCUGCAGCCCUUUCCCCUGGGAAGCAAGGGGGUCCUCUAUCCAUUCACUCUGACUCUGCCCCCAAAGACCUGGUUACAGACCACACUCUGA